GGCGGGUAGUGGUUGUCUUGGAAGAGAUUGGAAAACUGGAGGAAAAAAAAAUGCAAAAAGACAAGCAAUUGAGUCAGUGGCAGUCGGGAUUGAGUGGACUGUAGUGGUCAACUUUGGAACAAACAGAGGGAGGAAACCGUUAAAAAUAACUGCUUAAAUGCACCUCAGAAUCGGGGAUGUGGUAAGUAUUAAAGCAUUCUCGGCAGACGGCAAAAUAAGUGUCUCCUAGGCAACCAUUUAGCAUGGAUGUGGAAGAGUUCCCUCCCCCUCCACCUGAAGUGAUGCAGUGUGACUUGCCCAAUGUUGAUGAAGAUGAAGACGACGGAGAGCUGUUUGAGUUUGACGACAGCGGAGAUGAAAUUCAUGAAGCUGACCAACAGCCACCUGCUCCACCUUUACCUGAUUAUGAAGUUGAAACGAAGGCAAAAGACACUAACUCCACUGAGGUUUCAGAGCACGAUAGUCCAAGUGAUACCCUUGUACCUCCAGCUGCAGAAGCUGCCAGGGGCUCUCCGCUUGGAAAAGUAAAUCCUUAUUCGGUUGUAGAUAUAGCUCCUUUGCAGGAGCAGAGUCUCAUGCAAGAGGAGGAGGAGCUCGGCCAGGAAGAUGCUGCCAGUGCCAGGGUUCCUAGUGGUUAUUCUGUUCCAGUGCCAUGUGGAUAUGCUGUACCGUCCAACGUCCCUCUGAUCCUGCCUGCUUACUCCACUCCUGUCAUCAUACGACACCUCUCGGUGGAUGAAGAAGUGACUGUGCAUGACACCAGUCCAGUACAAGACAGUGAUGAUCGACCAGCAGUUAAAAGGGAUGAUGCCUUGGCAAGAUGGGUUGCAGAUCCUGCAAAUACAGCUUGGAUGGAAAAUCCUGACGAGGUUAUUUAUGAUGAUGUGCCUAGAGAAAACUCGGAUUCUACAACAGAUGCAGAUGAAAUGAUCUACGAUGAUGUAGAACUUGGGGAAGAAGGUGGGGACAGUUCCCCGGAGAAUGGCUGGAGUUCCAGUGAAUUUGAAAGCUACGAUGAACAAAGUGAUACGGAGAGCAAAAGCGAGAAUGGGAUUCCAAAUGCUUUCCUCAGAGGCAAAUCUCAAAAACACAAAACCCAUCUUUCUCAAGAUCUGACUCGUUUGAAAGAGCACUAUGAGAAAAAGAUGAAAGAUCUCAUGACAAACACAGUGGGGACAGUAGAACUUCAGCAGAUUAGGCUGAAACAUGAGCAGAAGAUGCAAAAGUUAAUGAAAGCAGCAAAAGAUGGUACCAAAGAUGGGCUUGAAAAAACCAAAGCAGCUGUGAAGAGAGGACGCUCAUUUAUAAAAACAAAAUCUUUUAUUCAAGACCGAAAGUCAGUUUGUCUUGAAGAGGAGCCAGGUGUUUUUAUUGAAGUUGAUUGUCUCAAUACUGAACCUGUGAUGAUGCCUAUGCCAGAAGGAUUGACACAGCAGCAGGUUGUUCGAAGAUAUAUUCUUGGGUCAAUACUUGAGAGUGAAAAAAACUACCUGGAUGCACUGAAACGCAUUUUAGAGCAAUAUGAAAAGCCGCUGUCCGAAACUGAUCCAAAGUUGAUAAGUGAUCGAAAACUAAAAAUGAUGUUUUACCGAGUCAAGGAGAUCCUUCAGUGCCAUUCUCUGUUCCAGAUUGCACUAGCUAGUCGUGUUGCUGAGUGGGACAGCUCGGAAAUGAUAGGAGAUGUGUUUGUUGCUUCAUUUUCCAAGUCCAUGGUGCUAGAUGCAUAUAGUGAGUAUGUGAAUAAUUUCAGCACAGCCAUGGGAGUUGUCAAGAAAACAUGUGAAACAAAGCCAGCUUUUCUUGAAUUUUUGAAACACUGUCAGGAUUCCAGCUGCGAUCGCAGUACACUGUAUGGGUUAAUGAUGAAACCUAUCCAGCGCUUCCCACAGUUCAUUCUGCUUCUUCAGGAUAUGUUGAAAAACACCCCUAAAGGACACCCUGACAGACUACCUCUACAGAUGGCUCUGACGGAACUUGAAACAUUAGCAGAGAAACUAAACGAGAGGAAGAGGGAGGCAGACCAGCGAUGUGAAAUUAAACAAAUAGCGAAAGCCAUGAAUGAGCGCUAUCUUAACAAGCUCCUAAGUAGUGGGAGUAGAUACCUGAUCCGUUCUGACGACAUGGUGGAAACUGUUUACAACGAGAAAGGAGAAGUUAUCAAAACCAAAGAACGCCGGCUGUUUUUGCUAAGUGAUGUGCUGAUGUGUGCCACCGUUAACAUCCGAUCUACCUGUGAAGGCAGUGGUAUUGUCCCACAUGGUCAGAAGUACUUGCUGAAGUGGAGUGUACCACUGAGCCACGUGGACGUGGUAGAGUUUGGAGGCAAUGAAGAGCGGGGAGAAAACUCCAGACACCCUGCUCAGCAUUCAGGAGAAAAAGUGGUGCUUCAUGCAAAGCCAAGCAAACUGUACAUGGGUCCAGGGCAGCUGUACCAGGAUUUGCAGAAUUUAAUGCAUGACCUGAACCUUGUUAAUCAGAUAACACAAAUGAUUGGAAACUUGAAAGGCAACUACCAGAACCUUAACCAGGCAGUGGCCCAUGACUGGCUCUCUGGACUGCAAAGGCUCAUAUUUAAAAAGGAGGAAGAAAUAAGAGCAGCAGAUCGAUGCAGAAUUCAACUCCAACUCCCUGGAAAGCAUGAUAAGUCUGGCAGGCCUACAUUUUUUACAGCAGUGUUUAAUACAUUUACUCCCUCCAUCAAACAGUCCUGGAUAAGCAGUUUGCAGAUGGCAAAACUGGCUCUUGAGGAGGAAAACCAGCAGGGAUGGUGUCUUGCAGAGGACGACGGGAAUCAGAUAAAAAAACAGAAACACCCACUUCUUGUUAGGCAGAUUCCAGUUGUUAUGUCCAAAUUACAGGAGUUUAAGGUUGCAUGUGCUGUUCAUAACCCAGAGCCUUACUGUGGCAAUGAUAAUGUACCAGACUCUCUCUCCAUGGGACACGGGUGUCUGUGGAUUGCUAGUUGUACCAAUCAGAUGGGACAGAUAUCCAUUGUGACACUUCACAAUUCAAACCCCAAAGUGACUGAAUGUUUUAAUGUGGAGUCUCGGAUUGUCUCCAUGGUGCACAUCACAAAUGAAGACAAGCAGGAAGAGCCAGAAGCUUGUCUAGACUUGGAACCUGCAGCAGGAAAAGCAACAGAUUCCCCCACCAUCUGCCUGGGCAUGGAGGAAGGGAGCAUAUCAGUUUAUAAAAGUAGUCAACUUUCCAAGAAAGUGCGUCUUCAACAUUUCUUCACACCAGACAAAUCCACAGUUAUGAGUCUCGCAUACAAGUCUAAGUGCCUGUAUGCUGGUCUAGUGAGUGGAGCCAUUGCAAUCUACACCAAAACUGAAGAUGGUUUCUGGAACUCGGAUUCCCCUAAGAUUCUGAAGCUGGGGGUUCUCCCUGUUAAAAGUAUUCUGGCAAUGGAAGACACAAUCUGGGCAUCUUCAGGUGGACACAUCUCUAUUAUCAGCACCAAGACACAUAUUGUGGAGAGUCAGCUAGAAGCCCAUCAGGAGGAAGGGAUGGUUAUAUCCCACAUGACCAUCGCUGGUGUUGGAAUCUGGAUUGCCUUCAGCUCUGGUUCUACACUACGACUGUUCCACACAGAAACUCUAGAACACCUCCAGGACAUCAACAUUUCAACUCCCAUCCACAACAUGCUGUCGGGUCAGCAGCGGGUUUCAGUGACCAGUCUCCUGGUGUGUCAUGGUUUGCUGAUGGUUGGUACUAACUUGGGAAUCAUUGUUGCUUUGCCUGUCCCUCGGUUACAAGGCAUACCCAAAGUAACAGGGAGGGGAAUGGUCUCGUACCAUGCUCACUCUGGUCCAGUGAAGUUCCUCACAGUGGCUGGAGCCAUGAGCAUUAAGAAGCAGAGAAGCACAUCGGUAAGCAGUGCUUCCUUCCAGCUGGAAGCUAAAGAUGGAGAGCAGAGAAACGAUUCCCCCGAGAGAUUGUCCUCUUCCUUAGCAAUCAUUAAAGACAAAGGGGUUUGGCUGGGAGACUCAACCAGGUCCAUAGCUCAACAAAGCAAUCUGUCGUCGUCUUCAGGGUCUCUGGCACUAUCUCACUUGUCGCUCGAACACGGGCCGGAGGAAGCUACUAUUUAUGAGCUCCUGAAUGACCCAAGCUUUUCAAACAGAGGCAAAAGAUCCAAAAAGAUGACUGUUAGUUCUGUGCUUGUGGUUUCUGGGGGGUUAGGUCACAGAAGAGUGAAUAAGAAGUCAAAGCAACAGCGGCAGGAUGAGACUGUGUCAACAAUCAUGGUUUGGCAAAUUCCAUUGCUUAAUAUAUAAAACAUAUUCUGUUUUCAUGAAAGAAAGGGAUGAGCUUGCUUACGUUGAAGUAUCACUGCGCCCAAGUCCAACAGUCAAGAUCUUGUAGGUGGAAUACCUUCAUGUUACCCCAUUACAUCACAUUAGCUUUUUUCAUAGUGUCUUUAGCCAGUAACUCUUGUUGGCAUCUGGGGGUGUACUAUUAUUCAUACUUUUUAAACCCUGUUUGGUUGAUGACUCAUGUACAAAUGCAGUAUACACAGAAGGCUCACGAAUCCCAGUUUAAAAAAGCUGCCUCUACGAUUUAAUAUAACAUAAGAAAUAAAAACAGGACAAUGUGUAACGAUGUUAUGAGUGACUAUAUGACAACAUUGCCAACUCAAAUACGCGUACCUAUUUAGUAUUCUCUAAUAACGUUACUGUACCUCUCUAAAAUGGUACUUAAUUUUCUUCCUGCAUGGGUAUGAUAUUGUAUUUCUCAGCUGGAAGCUAAGGGCCCAACUUACUAACCAAUAGUUGUGCAAUAUGCGUUUUGGAAGAAACUGUAAUUUUCAAGACUGUAAUACUAAAAUUCUUAGUAAAAAAAUGGGAUUUGAUCGCUUUGCCUUGAAUAUUUGGUCAUUAUAAGGAAUUAACUAAAGAAUACUGUGCUUUUUCACUUUCCAGAUAAUGUUUUCUACAAAGAUAAACUAACUUUUGAUAUACUUUUUAUAACCUAUUAUUGUUAUUA